AUUGACCGUUGAGGUGACGGAUUCACUUCAACGACCUACAAAUUUGUAAAGGUCGAUCUUACGGCUUUCUAUAAUACCGUCCCGACUAACUGGACGGAAUAGUUUAGUACAAAUAAAUAAUAUACAAAAUGCUGCGAACGAUUGUUGUGCGAAACCAAGUUUUGAGCGAAAGCUUGAAAAAAGCUGUUCGUGUUAAUCUAACGAGAUGUAUGACCACGGAAUUAAUCAGGAGGAAAAGUUCCAAUAAGUUUAUAAACUCCGAAUCGAAGAGUGGGUUAUUGGCACUGCAAUGGAGACCACAAAUUCGCUACUACUCAGAUUUGCCGAGCCACAACAAGGUAAAUCUGCCUGCCCUCUCACCGACUAUGGAAAGUGGGUCCAUUGUGAGAUGGGAAAAGAAAGAGGGAGAUAAGCUUGGUGAAGGUGACUUGUUGUGUGAGAUUGAAACGGAUAAGGCUACAAUGGGUUUUGAAACACCUGAAGAAGGUUACUUGGCAAAAAUUCUGAUUCCUGAAGGCACAAAGGGUGUCCCUGUUGGCAAGCUUCUGUGUAUUAUUGUGGAGAAUCAAGGGGAUGUCGCCGCAUUCAAAGACUUCAAAGAUGAUUCAACAGGAGCGCCUGCAAAACCAGCGCCCGCAAAAGCUGCGGAAGCGCCUUCGCCCGCGCCUGCAGCGGCUGCGCCCCCCGCGCCCGCCGCCGCGCCCCCCAGGCCCGCAGCCCCCGCAGCCCCCGCACCUGCGCCCGCCGCCGCCGCUCCUGAAGGCAGAGUAUACGCCAGUCCCAUGGCUCGCAGAUUAGCUGAACUCAGAAAUAUACGACUUGGAGGCCAGGGGUCUGGAUUGUACGGGUCGCUAAAGAGUGGUGACCUCGCAGGCGCCGCGCCGCUCGCCGCCACCGGUGCUGUGGCGUCCCCAGCUCUCGCCCCCGCCCCCGCCCACGCCCCGGGGGCCACCUUCCUCGACAUUCCUCUGUCGGGCAUGAGGGAGACCAUAGCCAAGAGAUUGUCUGCUGCCAAACAAACUAUACCUCAUUACCAGCUCAGUGCUACAGUUAACAUCGAAAAGACGUUGCAAAUGAGAAAGGACAUCAAUGAACGACUGGCAAAGGAAGAACCAGGCCUUAAGAUCUCAGUGAAUGACUUUAUCGUGAAGGCCGUGGCGUCUGCCUGCAAACGCGUGCCUACUGCUAACUCACAUUGGAUGGAAUCUUUCAUUAGACAAUUCUCUAACGUAGACGUGAGCGUAGCUGUGGCGACUCCCACAGGACUGAUCACGCCCAUAGUGUUCAACGCGGACUCGCGCGGUGUCAUCGACAUCUCAAAGACCGUGAAGGAACUCGCGCAGAAGGCGAAGGAUGGCAAGCUUCAGCCGCAGGAGUAUCAGGGUGGUACUGUCACCGUCUCCAAUCUUGGAAUGUAUGGUAUAACAAUGUUCAACGCCAUCAUCAACCCGCCACAGUCUUUGAUAUUAGCAUGCGGAGGCUUGCAGGAAAUAGUCAUCCCCGAUAAAAAUGAACCACAAGGGUUCCGAAUUGCAAAAUUCGUUACAUUUACUGCGUCAGCUGACCAUAGAGUUAUAGAUGGUGCGGUUGGCGCGCAAUGGAUGAAGGCACUCAAAGACAACCUAGAAGACCCCGCCAACAUGAUUCUUUGAAAAUGGCGAUAGACCAUCAGCUGUUUGGAUAAGCAUAUAGGAACACGGUAUUUAGGUUUUUAACGAAUCCCUUUUAAUAGUGAAUUUUUAAUGUGCAUUUUUCCAAAUAAAAUGUAUAGUUUUUAAAUGAUUGUAUAUAUUUAUAACUUUGUUUAUCUGUGGUAUUUAUU